UUGUAGUUCACCACUGAAUGCAGGAGCUAGAAGCGAAAGGAUUCGAAGCAAGUGUAGACGUUGACGGUUUUCAUUUACACUGGUGUGUUUUGAAGGUGACAGCCACAAAUUGGAAUAGUAGGCUUCAUAAACAUUUUUCGUAACUUUAGCCAAUUGGGCUAAACCCGAAGGCAACCUGGAGGAAGCGGGAGUUCCGAAGAUAUGCACUCAGCAUGGAUUUUAUGUAAUUCCUACAGGAUGUGAAGAGAUGAUGGCUCCAGAGAAAGAACAGAAAGGGACCAGUCGUGUGAUAUUGGUCAAGAAAGUUAUAAUGCGGGAUGGGAAUGUGGCACAGCCAGGCAUCGGGAAAGCCAGUGUUGGCCAUGCUGUGGUGGUCAUCUUCCUGGAGUUCUUUGCCUGGGGACUACUAACUACCCCCAUGCUGACGGUUUUGCGGGAGACGUUUCCACAUCACACAUUUCUGAUGAAUGGUCUCAUUCAGGGAGUAAAGGGUCUUCUGUCCUUCAUGUGCGCUCCUCUGAUUGGCGCCCUGUCUGACGUGUGGGGUCGGAGGUCCUUCCUGCUGGUGACUGUGUUUUUCACCUGCGCCCCUAUCCCCCUCAUGAGGCUCAGCCCAUGGUGGUACUUUGCCAUGAUCUCUGUGUCGGGGGCUUUUGCUGUCACCUUUUCGGUCAUCUUUGCAUAUGUGGCUGAUGUCACAGAGGAGCGGGAGAGGAGCACGGCCUAUGGACUGGUGUCUGCCACCUUCGCCGCCAGCCUCGUCACAAGCCCGGCCAUCGGGGCGUACCUGUCGAUGCGCUAUGGCGACAACCUGGUAGUGCUGGUGGCCACGCUCAUCGCCCUGGCGGACAUCUGCUUCAUCAUGCUGGCUGUGCCCGAGUCGCUCCCGGAGAAGAUGCGUCUCAACACCUGGGGGGCGCCCAUCUCCUGGGAGCAGGCUGACCCGUUUGCUUCUCUGAGGAAAGUGGGGAAGGACCCCACUGUUCUUAUGAUCUGCAUCACUGUGUUCCUGUCCUACCUGCCUGAGGCGGGACAAUACUCCAGCUUCUUCCUUUACCUCAGACAGGUCAUAAACUUCACCCCCACCACGAUAGCCGUGUUCAUCGGAGUAGUGGGCAUCCUCUCGAUCGUGGCGCAGACGCUGGUGCUGACACUGCUGAUGAGGACUAUUGGGAACAAGAACACGGUGCUGCUGGGCCUCGGCUUCCAGGUUCUACAGCUGGCCUGGUACGGCUUUGGCUCCGAGCCCUGGAUGAUGUGGGCAGCGGGGGCGGUGGCAGCCAUGUCCAGCAUCACCUUCCCUGCGGUGAGCGCUCUGCUGUCCCGCAGCGCUGACCCUGACAAGCAAGGCUUGGCACAGGGCAUGAUCACUGGCAUCCGAGGGUUGUGUAACGGCCUGGGUCCUGCCCUCUACGGCCUUAUCUUCUUCAUGUUUAACGUGGAGCUGAACGGGAUUGGGCCCAUUGAGUCCGGCUACCCCAUUGCCCCAAUCAGCCCCCCUGAGAGGAGCAUCAUCCCUGGGCCACCGUUCCUGCUGGGCGCGUGCACGGUGGUGGUGGCCUUCCUGGUGGCGAUGUUCAUCCCUGAGCGCAGCGCCGAGGCCGACGUGGCGCUGUGCCACACGCGCAAGACCAGCACCAGCUCCAUCUCCAGUGGCAGCGGCAGCGCUGAGCUGCCCGAGGCCCACAUCAACGCGCCGCUGCCCGGCAGCGAGGACGACCUGGACUUCGAGCCGCUGCUGCAGGACAGCAAAGUGUGACGUGUGAUACGCCUCUCCUCUCCCGGCUCUCCGCCUUCCCUGUGUGUGACCUCGUGAUUCCAACACCUCCCCGUGCCUGCGGUGUGUGUGUGUGGGGGGGGUUGUUGUGUGAGGAGGGCCACACCGUUUUUUUGUUGUGAGACUCUUUCCUUACCUUUCUUGAAGGAAGAGGGGACAGGACCAAUUUUUGCCACACUACAAGUGAACUACCAGUGUUCAUCAGUUACGAAUUCCCUCACUCACAUAGAUAUAUAUACACACCGAGAGAGAAAGAGAGAGAUUUUUCUCCGUGUGAUUUUAACGUGUCGUUACUUCUGUUUUGUUGAUGUAAGGGAAUAUGUUGUGGGGACAUGAUUCUCGAGGACUGUUCCUUCUGCGUUGUUUGGGGAGUUUAGUCUCUGCAAUAUCCAUGGAGUUGGCUUGAGGCCUGGUUCCAAAUGCAAAUGGUUUAUUCCAGACAGAUGGCUCCCCUGUCGUUUGAAAAUACAGCCGUGGGAAUGUGUUAUUUUAAGUAGCCAUAACAGAAGAAGGGACCAGUGAGUCGGAAUGUCCAGGGGCUACCAGGGUGCCAGUAGAAUUUAAUCGCAUACGGAAUUAACACAUCUUGAAGUUCCACUACAUAUCCAGUAAGGUGUCCAAAAUUGUGUGUGUUUCAAAGGUUAAGGUAGACAUUUUGCACAAGUGUGGUGAGAUGAUUUGGUACUGAACGUUACUGCUAAUGUAUGCCUCUAGGUUUUGUGACUAAGCUGUAGGUUUGAAGUUCUAGAGGAGGAUGUAGAUUUGAACUUGACCAUGGGGAGAUUCAGGAGCGCAUCUAAUGGCACAUAUAUGGUCGUUAGAGAAUGAUGUAUGUGAUUGAAUCUCCCCUUGCUGCUGCUCGUUGGAAGAGGUCAGUUUUAGAGAGAAGAGACUUCCUGCAGCCAACUAGGGGGCUGGUGAAUUAGACAUGUACAGUACAUAUACAGUAAGUUCUAUGCAGUACUGUUUAUGAUGAUCUUACUUUCCAUAACACUUAGUUAAUUUUUCGGAUUUUCAGAUCUAUAUCUUGUACAUAACAUUUAUAUGCCACCUGCAUGUAAUGUAAGUUCAUAUUUAUGUUCUUGACGACAUUAGCACUGCUCUUUUACUUUCUAUUCUAUUGAUAAUUCUAUUAAUAUUUUUACUGUUUUUGUCUCCUUUUGAGAAAAGGGACUUGUUUUAUAUACUUUUAUUGGAAGCAUUUUUGGGGUUUCUGGUAUUUAUCGCAGAGGUUGGGGUCUUUUAACCAAAAAGCAUCUUCACAUCUCAAAUGUUUGUGAGAGACUGCUUCACCAGCUACCUCAGGUUUGGAGGGCAUUAUCUGAGUACGACUACAAUUUGCUUGAAUAGCCAUGGUCCAUCUCUCUUUCUCUUUCUUUCUUUCCUCCUUUCUUUCUGUCUCUCUCUCUCUCUCUCGCUCUCUCCCUCUCUUUCUCUGGUAUCAAACAAGAAAAGGGAUCACUAACUAAAAAGACAGCUUGGUGAGACAGACCCAGAUUGUACAUAUAGAGUAUAUAUUUCCCUUUGACUAGUCCUGCAGAAAUUUGCCAGAUGUUUAUAGUGUGUAGUUAACGCAGUAUAUUUGCCCCUGCCAGAUAGGGUAUGGAAGAUUUCACUAUCAAUGUUUGUGUGUCUCAGAAAUGUUGUGUGUGUAUGUGUAUGUAUGAAUCUGUUACUUUUUACCCACACAAAAACAAAUAAGCAGUAAAGGCUGUUGUGAGCGUAUAUACUGAUACACAGAAUACACACACACACGCUCAUACACACAAUGCAUUCAAUUUGGGCAGGGCAGAGCUUGAAAAUGUGCCCAGAUUGGCCUUGGGCAAGUGGCUUGCGAUAAGAAAUCACCAUACCUGCAGUCCCUUACAUGGUCUGCCACAAGAGAUUCCACACAAUGAUGCCACUGAGGCAGUUUUCCACUGUUAAUGAUUGCAGUUUAUGUGUUUGUUUGUCUCUGUGUGUACGUGUCGGGGUGUGUGUGUGUGUGUGUGUGUGUGUGUGUGUGAGGAAGGGAGGGAGGGAGAGAGAGAUAGAGGUGGAGAGAGUAAGAGAGUCUUAUGUGUAUAUUCUUCACAGCCUGUAACUCUAAUAAGAGAUGUAUCAUAAUUGCAAUGUAAAUAAAUGCAAGGCUCAUUUAGAUUGCACUGUAUUGAAGAUGACUUGAAGAAGAAGAAGGAUGUCCUGACAGCUAUAUUUUUUUGAGGAGAUGGCACCUGUGUGUGUGUUUUGUCGAAGUAGUGUCACAAGUGUUUUCCAUGUGUGAAGGAGGCAGAUGAGGUCUUGGUGUUGUUCGUAUAUGUGACUGUACAGAUUGGGAGCCUAUGAGAGUGAUUGUCACCUUUAAAAUGUGUUUGACAAGUGUGUUCAGCGUCUGUGGAAGUCCUGGUGUUUUUUUUGCACCUUUACAUGUUUAGGUCAUAACAGAUGUGCCUAAAGAAUGGCUGUCUCGUUUUUUGCCACCAAACGAGAAGGGGAAAAUAACGCUGGGUGCUUUGAGCAGCUGUGGUUGCUCUAUAAUGACACCACAUUUAAGAUGUACACAGGCUAUGUAUUUAUAAUAAACUUGUCCUGUCUGUCAAUCUUGUAAAGAGCUGAAAUUAAUAAUAAAAGAACAGCCAAGAGAAUGACUUAUGUCUGUUCAUUACACUC